AUGUUAACUCUAGAGGCUGCUUUAACUGGUGCCGUAGCUUCGGCAAUGGCCAAUAUUGCAGUAUAUCCGCUGGAUUUAUCGAAAACAAUUAUUCAGUCACAAGUAUCUUCUCCUUCAAGGGAACUCAGUAAUAAAGAUAAAGUUUUGCUCAAUAAGAGGUACAAGAAUGUUAUAGAUUGUAUGAUAAGCAUAUUUAGAGAAAAGGGGUUUUUCGGUUUAUAUCAAGGUGUGACAGUUACUACAGUGGCCACAUUCGUCCAGAAUUUUGUUUAUUUCUUCUGGUACACAUUUAUUAGAAAGUCUUACAUGAAACACAAGCUAUUAGGGCCGCAGUCAUUGAAAAGCCGCGGUAAUUCUAUCACGCCUUCUACGAUUGAAGAAUUGGCGCUUGGGGUAGCGGCUGCUAGUAUAUCCCAGCUUUUUACGAGCCCUAUGGCUGUGGUGGCCACGAGACAACAAACAGUCCAUUCUGCAGAGUCCGCUAAAUUUACUAACGUUAUCAAGGACAUCUACCGUGAAAGCAAUGGGGACAUAACCGCUUUUUGGAAAGGUUUAAGAACAGGUUUGGCUUUGACAAUAAACCCUUCCAUCACAUAUGCCUCUUUUCAAAGGCUUAAGGAAGUUUUCUUCCAUGACCAUUCCAACGAUGUUGGCAGUUUGUCAGCAGUUCAAAAUUUCAUUUUGGGUGUCCUUUCCAAGAUGAUUUCCACUCUAGUUACGCAACCCUUGAUUGUCGCUAAAACAAUGCUUCAAAGUGCCGGUUCUAGAUUCACCACUUUUCAAGAAGCGCUUUUGUACUUGUACAAAAAUGAAGGGUUAAAAUCUCUUUGGAAGGGGGUUCUUCCUCAACUGACAAAGGGCGUUAUCGUGCAAGGCCUGUUGUUUGCCUUCAGGGGAGAAUUGACAAAAUCUUUAAAGAAGCUAAUAUUCUUGUACUCUUCAUUUUUCCUAAAACACAACGGACAACAUAAGCUGACUUCCAUUUGA